AUGACCCGAAAGAUUGAAGCGGUGGCGCGCGCUGCCGUUCAUCCCGAAACAGAGAUCAUUGCAACCAGUUCGAAAGAUGGGCCUCCGAGCAUUCAGGGCUUUCUGGAUGUGUCCACCUGUGUGCCCGGUCUGUUGGCCGAGGUCGCUCGGCACCCGGAUGUCGACGCGAUUGUCGUUGCCUGCUUCGACGACACUGGUGUGGACGCGGUCCGCUGUCUCACCACCGCGCCGGUGAUCGGCGUCGGCGAGGCGGCCUAUCACGCGGCGGCCAUGAUCAGUCCGAAGUUCAGCGUCAUCACCACCAUGUCCAGGUCUUUGCCGGGCCUGGAAGCCAACCUGAUGCGGUACGGGUUGGACCGGAGGUGCGUCAGGGUGCGUGCGACCGACGUUCCGGUCCUGAAGCUUGAGGAAAUGGACCCCGGCACGCUCGACAAGAUCCGGGCGGAAGUCAAAUGUGCCAUCGAGCAGGACCGGGCGGAAGCCAUUGUCCUGGGGUGCGCCGGCAUGAGCGAUCUGAUGACGCAACUGUCUCGGGAAUUCGGUGUUCCGGUAGUUGACGGUGUCGCCUGCGCGGUCACGUUCGCGGAGGCACUCGUGAAGGCAAAUCUGUCGACGUCAAAGUCCUGCUCCUAUGCGUGA